AUGGACAACAGCACCGACACUCGCCGACAAGGAGAAGGGCAAUCGCGGUCGUCCAUUGACAAACCCCCCAUUCUUACCCCAGAUCCCGCUUUUGAUCGACUGCCCGACGAGAUCAUCGAACAGAUUCUCCAGCUUACCGAUCCCGACUCCUUCGCGUCUCUUGUCCUCCUCAACUCGAAAUGGCGAUCCGUGUCCCAGCAGGCCCAACUCUAUGCCCUCCACCUUUCGAGGUGUCAGUCCUACGCCUCAAGCCAUCCCUCCCUCCGCGAAGCCGACGUCAAAGAUGACGACCUGCCGCGCCUUAGGCGCCUGUUCGCCAGAGAAGUCAAGCGCAAUCUCUUCGAGGCAUACUUGCGACCGCGCGAAACCGUAAUCAAGCUUAUAUCCAAUUCCAUCAGCUCCUCCUCGUGCCCUGGCGGCGAAGGAUUGCAGUUCAGCCCGUCUCCCCGCGGCCACCAUAUUCUGGCCUACAACUCGUCGCGUAUUUACGUCCUUGAUGUGCGUGGGAAGGACAUCGACGUCAAGAGGGAAUUCAAGAUACUGCGUCGGCCUGUCUCAACCUGCAUCAAGGACGAUGGCUCCAUGCUGGCUGUCUUGUCUUCUGCGAUGCAGGUUGACCUUUACGAUCUAGAACAGUCCCCGCCUCGUCGCACCCAGUCCUUGAUAUUGGAUAACCCACCGCGUACGAUUGCGCUAUCUCCUUGUGGUUCUGUUCUCGCUGCUGCUUACGAAGGAGGCAUUGAGGUAUCCUUGGUCAACCCUGGCGCGCUUCCCACGGACAGGAGAGCGGUGAAAUGUGAUGGAGUCGACGCUCUUUCCUUCUCCUUUGAUGGCACUCAGAUUCUCGGAACUACCAUCCACUCGUCGCCGCCGACCACAGUCAUCCUGACGGCCCCUUACUACGAUCCUGGCAACCAGAUCGCUGAUGAUAGUAUCAGCGCGCUCUGGACAACGUCGAUCCUGUUCCCCAAUACGAGCCGUGACUGCAGCCAUGCUGUGCUUUUGCAAGAUUCGGGCCAAGAGGAGGCGAGCUGGACCUUUACUUAUGAUCGCAGCUUCGAGACUUUCAGAGCUGUACGGAUUGACGAUCUGCGAAACGGUACGACUUACUUCACCGGACCAAAACCAGAUCCAGGCUCUCAGGCCAAGCUCACACCUUGUACCCUGCCUGCGGCUACCUUCCACGGAGACCUCGUUAGCGCUGGAUUUCAGGGGAAAGACAUCUGGCUGUACGGCGUGCCGGAAGAUCUCGAUGCUGUGCCCGAUUUCAACGCCGCAGGCGCUGAUGGCUUGUCGGCCUUGACUGGACAGGGACGGAGAAGCAGCAGACCCCCGUCACGAUCGCCAUCGUCUCGGGCGCAAGAAAACCCUCGGGUACCACAGUGGCAGGUGCUAUGCGACAAGCUUCGAAACACAUUCGUCUGGGGCGCCAAGAUUGCAGAGCUGGAUGGUGUCAGCACAGUGAAAUGGGUUGCUGGCUUUGGGGAGACAUCGGCACAAGAGCGUCUAGUUAUCGCAGCCCGCGGCAUCUCACCUGGAAAGUCAAUUGUCGAAGAGGACGACAUUGACUUCAUCGAUGGCGGAAGAGUUACUCUUCUUGACUUCGACUACAGCCUUGAUGAUGGUCAAAGGACAGAGAUCGAGAUCGAGGUGGGAACGAAAAAGCCCGAGGUGCUCGAAGAGGAACAGAGAGACAUCGAUACCGAGGUAGCCAUCGACCGUGGCGCAAAGGCGGGGGAUCGCGGCGCGCUGAUGCGUGCCGCCACGAGUGCGGCUAUUCGGGGGAACCCCUUACCCCCGAUGCCACCCAUGCCACCCAUGCCACAGCCUAGGGAGGAACCCGAAGCCAGAAAUGAAGACGACGACGAUGACGACGAUCCGCUCGUUCCCAGACGCAUAGGAGCACCGCCGCGGAUCAACGUUCAGGAGCCAGUUUCGUCUUCGGCUCCUCAGGCAGGCGAAACCGCUUCGAUGAUCGAGGAGGAGGAGGCCGAGGAAGCUGUGGAAGCUCCUUACUCUCAUGAUGGGCCCCGAUCAACCAAUACCCUUCGUCGCGCAGCUACCGCUGCUGCCAUGAACAGAAGCCGCAAUCCUCAAGCGCCAGUUGCCGGCCCUGUAGAGUAUCGGCGAGCGGACGGUCGACGGGAGCACCCGCACGAGAGUGAUGCAGACAAUUGGGUCCCACCACCGCCGCCGUACCAGAAAGACGACCCUGGUGACUUGCCUGCGUUCCUGCGAAACGCCAUCAUCACUCCCGCUGGCGUGCAAAUCCAAAGCCGGCCACCACGGGUUCAAACAGCUGCACCAGCUGUUGGAGCAUCGGCUUGGCCCCUUCCAGAACGACCGACCCUUGCUCAAACAUCAGGUCGUCCUCUGAGUUACCACGAGCCUGCCGUUAGCCCGCCUGCUAACGUUGCCCAUCAUCUUCGCAUUGCUAGCGAUACGACGACGCUGUUUAGCCGCCCGCGCACUGCCGACUCGACUCGCCCAACGUCCGGCCCCUCUGCUCAUGUUGACGAUGACGACGAUAUCUACGACGUUUCGCCACCAGACUCACCACGUCUAGCUGCAAGGAAUCCUGAUGAUGCUGAGGUCAUCUCACCGCAAGACCAGCGCAUCCGCUUCGGCGGCCCAGUCGCCUCCCUCUUUGGGCCUGCAAAUACCCCAAGUACAUCCUCGAGCGCUACGGAGUUGCAGCAGGCUCAGCCAACAUCCACUGCCGAUGCACCAUUGGUUAGACGCUUGUCCAACGCGCAAACCUGGCCAAGAUCUGCUCAGCCGCCGGACGGUUCUCACCUGCAUCCAAGGGUCGAGGCCUUGAGCAGCCAUCCAUACUCUGCUCCUGCGACCAACGCAAGGGUUGACGAGAUCAUGGGAGCUUCGCUAGCGGCCCCUCCUGGAGCGAGCCAACCGGCGCAUCCUCAAAACCACGAGCAGCUGUCCCCGUCUCGGCCCUGGUCUGGCAACUUCAGCUCAGUUCAGCGUGUCCCAGUCGGCAGUCGCAGGCCUGGUUCUCGUCGGGCAUCUGUACCGCAACCUACCGUUCAGCUCGAGUCGCGAGUCGAUGUGCCAGGCCAAGGCAGCAGCCUGACGAUCGAGGAUCAGCCCCUGAUCAUAAGUACGCCUAGUGGCGUAACGGGCGCAUACGAUGCGCCCACGCGCCAGCAGUCGAAUCGCAGAACUGACAUGCCCCUGCUGGCCCCCAUUCCGCGUCACCCACGCCCAACCCAGUCAGGCUCUAUACGGCCUACCGUAGAACGGUUGGAGACCAUUUACAGUGCCAAUACCAACGCCGAGGCAUCUGGCAGCAGGAACCUUAUCCCGGCGUGGUUACAGGCGCCAUCAACUUUGUCCACGGCUCGGCUGUCACACUCAUCGGUCAACAGAAGGCCCAGUCGCGCCGAGCGGAGCGCAGCCAAGAACAUCAAAGACGCCAAACGACGAGGCUGGAAUGGUUCAAAGAAGAAGAAGAAAAACAAGAGGGUUAACCACGAGGUUGCCAGCUCGGCUGCGUGGACGGAUGUUUCCGCGGCAAGCAGGAGCGGAGCCCAUGGCAAGUCAGAAAAGGAUAAGAAGUGUACUGUCAUGUGA